ACAUUUGAUCAUCAAAACCGAGUGUCAUAUUUUUUGUCAAGUUGUCAAGCUAUGAAACACAUUACUGCGUUGUUUUUGUUAAUUUUAAUUUGUGAAACCAAAAUAAAAAACGAUGAAGAUGACGACAAUAUACCCAGAGAACCUUCGACAACUGAAAGAAAAUUAAUAAAAUUUGGUGAUUCUAUAACAAAAUGUUUCGAUGAUUUAGGAUGUAUCCGAGUUGACGAUGAAUGGUUUGAUAAAAAAUAUCGCCCAGUAAAUUUCAUGCCAGUAGAUCCAGAAUCUCUCAGAACCGAGUUUCUGUAUAUAAAAAGAAAUAAUUCAAAACCAAAUGCCGUCUAUUAUGUUGUAAUGACAUCCAAUCCCAGUUCAAUAAAAAACAGUGGUUUUGAUGGUAAAUCUUCAACGUUCAUGCUGAUUCAUGACUUUACAAGCAACGGCUUUGCUGGAUGGAUAAAACACAUUUCAAAAGUUUUGUUUACGAGACUGAAGACAUGCAAUAUUGUGUCUGUGGAUUGGCAACAUGGUGCUGAGCCUCCUUAUGACCAAGCAAUAGCCAAUGCGAGGACUGUAGCCUUGGAAAUAAUCAACUUCAUAAAAGUUCUUAAACAAAAAUUUAAUUUUGAUGUUAGUAGACUUCACUUAAUUGGGCAUGGUGUAGGAGCCCAUAUUGCUGGUUAUGUUGGUACAGUAUUUUGCCGAAUAAAAAAGAUAACAGGGUUAGACCCGAGUGGUCCUAGAUUUGAUAAGAUGUCUCCUACUGUAACACUGGAUGCAUCAGAUGCCAAAUACGUUGAAGUUCUUCAUACAGACGGAAUUGGAGAACAUCACCAAGGAUCUCUGGAACGAUUUGGACAUAGUGAUUUCUAUAUUAACGAUGCGGACCUACAACCUGGAUGUUCACAAGAUGAAGCACUAACCAAUCUUUUAUCAGUGACCAGGGACUCACUAGAAGAAUGUCAAAUACUGCCUGGUUGUAGUCACAAAAUGGCGUACAAGUAUUUUAUAGAGUCCUUGGAAGCGGAAGCCUGUAGUUUCCUUGGGAUUAGGUGUAGCAGUUAUCAAGAUUUUAUUAAUGGAAAAUGUACCUCUUGUGACAAAGAUAGAUGUAGAACUUUUGGAAUGGCAACGUUCAAUAGUACAGAAAACAAUACAUAUGCGUCUUAUUACUUACAGACGUCUAAGAAGCCACCUUAUUGCUUGUAUCAGUAUAGAAUCACACUUCAUUUGAAAGCCACCAAACCAACAUUUACUGGAUACUUCAAGUUCAUCCUGAUUGAUGUAAAUCAUCGUGUAACAUCAUCCUCAGUCUCAGAACCAAGGGAUUUUAAAGGUGGUAGUGGUAACAGUUUAGUAUUCUACGCUGGUAGCCCUGAAAUGGGAAAAAUUAAAUCAGCUAAAAUUGGUUGGCACCAGAAAAGGAAUGUUUUUUGCAUCAUCAAUUGUAAAGAAUCUGUUAAUGUUGAGAAAGUCAGUAUAUCCAGUAUAAACAGUCAUCAGAAAAACGUAUCAACUUCUGUGCUGUGCCCGAAAGAUGGCAUAACAGAAAUCAUAAAUGGAGAUUACCAAGAGUUCUAUCCUUGUAGCUGAUCGAUUAACAAAGAAGAAAAACUAAUUUUAGGCAUUUACACUAUUUUAUUUUACACUAAUUCGAAAAAUAAUAAAUAUACAAUCCAUUUACCAACAAAUAGAGUUUUCUUUUUCUGUUGACAGUUUAUAAAAUCAGAUAAAAACCAUAAAAAAUAGUGCAUUCUAACGAAGAGAUAUUGACGUUUCACUGAAUUUCACCCUUACAUCAUACUUUUUAAGUGAGGCACAGAAAAUUUAAAACAAAUGGUGCAGAACUCAUAUUUUAAUUUGUGAGAAAACUAUAACUGCAUAAUUGAUUUAAAAUUUCUGAAAAGUAGCUGAAAAAUUAUCUCAGUAUUUUGAGUGAUUCUUCAGUCCGUUUUUACCUUUGAAUAGGAAGACUAUGGAAGGAGCAUAUCAAAUAUCUUAGAUCCACCGCGAUGGGCCUCAAAUAUGGCCGACUUAAAUUCCGCUUUAUCAGUGCCGUUCUAAUUUUAUUUAAAAAAUGUAAAACUAUGAUGUAGGGUUGACGUGGGGUAGACUCAAUAAUAUGUUGUUUUAUUUGACGUUGUGAAUAAAUGUUGGUAGUUAUUAAAAUUGUUACAAAAAUAUAUAAUUCUAAUAAAAAUAGAUUUAAUAAUAAGAAGAAUAGAAGUUAUAAUAAUUAUUUAUUAACAUAAACAUCCGAUACGCUACUGAAGCAAGUAAAUCUGGUAAAUCAAAUUGACAGAUGACGGGUAUCUAAAUUCUUUGA